CCAACGGCGGUUCCACCCAGUCCAGGCCGAAGACCGACGGCCGUCCCAAAAGCCGAUCAGGCCACGCAUUGCAUGGUGGGAAGUCUUGAAAGCCGGAGGCAGACAGGCAGGCAGCUACUGCGCACCCAACGAUCAUUAUCAUCAUCAUCAGCUCUCACACGUAGUCGCUGGUAACCUUUAUCUUCAUACAGUGUGCCGAAGGUGUUUCAGUCGUCAAUUCCUUGUGAAGGUUGCCUCCAUUCCGUGCCGUUAGCCAGCUGAAGCAGAGAUUUUGAAGUGAAGCUGUUACGUGUUUGAAACGGUCGCACCUUCGCCAACAGGUGAACCAAUAGAUACGAGAUACGCAAUAGUGCCAGCGCCAGAAGGAAUCCGACAAGCCACAAAAUGCACAAGUGUAUCGCAUGGUGCUUUACGAUCCUCUCCCUGUUGUCCUUGGUAGUCAUGCCAAUGGCCCAGGGCACACUACAACCCAAGGCACCAAACUUCCAGUACUUCGAAAGGCCAAAGUACCGGUACCCGUACUACGAUGAGAAUGGCAAGGGUAAACUGCUGUACGGUUAUGGAGGACCAGAACUAUAUCAAUACAAGAGCUUCUCGCCCCUGGAUGGUAUCCACUGACGGAGUGCAACGCCAUGAAACACGAGACCUCAUUGUGCAAAGGGGCAGCGGUGUAUCGGUUCCCAUUUUUCGUGACGAUGGCGAAGCGCUAGCCCUCCGUUGGCACACAUUAGUCAGUGGCAAUGGGUUUCUACUGUCCUUUUUCUACAU